UGGCCCCGCCUUGCAUGGCUACAGGAAGCGCCUCCACCUUACCUAGAGAUUUGCCAGAGUGUUUAGAAAAAAAGAAGUAAGGCCGAAGUUAAAUCGAAUGAUUUGAUCGAAGACAUCCGCAACAGUUUCAGCCAGUUUGGUGUAAAACCUGUGUCGACUGUGGUUUGAUAAGAAGAACCAAGUGAAAAACAUGAUUUCGUUCAUGCACUAAAUGUAGCAGUGUAGCCUGCUAACGUUAAAUAAAACGUAAAGACACGUGGGAGCCUGUGCUGUGUGGUUGACCACUGGAAUGUCUUGUUGACUGAAAUCUUGUCUCAUUGAAUAUCAGACCAUGGCCCAGGGCAGUGGGGUCCAGUACGAGCCAGUGGCAGAGAUUGGAGGGGGUGCGUAUGGAACGGUGUACAAGGCUCGGGACCUGGAGAGUGGCCAGUUUGUUGCUCUGAAGAGUGUUCGCGUCCAGACGGACCAAGAUGGCCUCCCUAUCUCCACGGUCCGAGAAGUGGCCCUGCUGAAGAGACUGGAGCAGUUUGAUCAUCCCAACGUGGUCAAGCUCAUGGACGUGUGUGCCACCCUGAGGACAGAUCAGGAGACUAAAGUCACCCUGGUAUUUGAACACGUGGACCAGGACCUGAAGACCUACCUAGAGAAGGCCCCUGCCCCAGGACUGCCCCCCAGCCACAUCAGAGACCUGAUGCGUCAAUUGCUGUGCGGCCUGUCAUUCCUACACUCGAACCGUGUGGUGCACCGGGACCUGAAGCCAGAGAACAUCCUGGUCACCAGCCGUGGUCAGGUUAAGCUGGCCGACUUUGGACUGGCCAGGAUCUACAGUUGCCACAUGGCCCUUACCCCUGUGGUGGUGACUCUGUGGUACAGGCCUCCUGAGGUCCUGCUCCAGUCCACCUACGCCACACCGGUGGACAUCUGGAGCACGGGUUGCAUCUUUGCUGAGAUGUUCCGACGCAAACCGUUGUUCUCUGGAGACUCUGAAAUGGACCAACUGGGAAAGAUAUUCAAUGUGAUUGGCCUGCCACCCAUGGAGGAGUGGCCUGCUGAUGUCACCCUCUCACGACACAACUUCAGUCCUAUCAGCCCCCGCCCAAUCACAGACUACGUUCCUGAGAUCAAUGAUCAGGGGGCAGAGCUGCUUUUGAAAAUGCUAACCUUUGACCCUCUAAGAAGAAUCUCUGCCCUAAAAGCUCAAGAACAUCCUUACUUCCAGGAGGAUGAGGAGGAAGUGACAAAUGGUUGAAAUGCAGUGAAUGACAUCGAAGGAUGGGACCGUGGGGAAUGGUAACCCUGACUCCAUUUUGGUGUAUAUUGUCAUUCAGUGCAUUUCAGGCCAGAUCCCUGUUGUGGUUCCUUUAAAAAAAAAAUACUACAGAAGCCAGUUGCACCCCUUGAGAAUGUAUAG